AUGUCGCAGCCGCAUCACUCCAACGACGCCGCACCGGCAUCCUCGAGCCCCACCUCCACAUCGCAGCCAGCAGCUGGUCCCUCGACUCCGUCGCAGGAUGUCGCCCGACUCGAAAGGGACCUCCUGCCAUCACCAACAGCUUCCGAGCCACGCCACUCCGUAAGCGAUGCAUAUAGCAACGUCGACGGCUCGGCUCGCGUCUAUCGCUUCCCCAACGAGCUUCCGCCGAGGUUCGCGGGAGACCGAGGCGAGCCUGCGCCCAACGAGCGCACAGUCACGGUGCGAGACCUGCGCAACAAGACUUGCUGGAUCUGCUCCGAGGAAGAAGAAGAUACCGCCUCUGUGUCCGCCUCAUCGUCUGGCACGACGGCGGCGCGGAGACGGCGCUUCGUCCACCCGUGCAACUGCACGCUCGUUGCGCACGAGGGCUGUCUGCUGCGCUGGAUCGACCAGAGCAACCGCGACCAUCCGCUGCAGAAGAGCGUCACGUGUCCGCAGUGCAAAGCGCCGUACGUCGUGCUGAACAACAAGUCGGCGCUGCUGCGGCUGUUUGACUCGGUCGACCGGCUCGUCACACUCGCGCAGCCCAUCGGCGCCGUGGCUCUGGUGGGAGGAUCGGUGUUGGUGGCGUGUACGACGUACGGGUGCGUGGCCAUGCGCAUGUUUCUCGGCAAACACGCCGCACGCAGGGCGCUCGCAUCGCCGUGGCCGUGGCACUACUGGAUCGACAUCCCCCUCAUCCCGUUUGCGCUGUUUGCAUCGAGGCUCAACAUCUUUGACUCGGCCAUGACGUGGGUACCUACGCUGGCGGCGUUUCCGCUCACGGGUCUGCCCAUGAUCACGGCAACCGCAGCGCACGGAAGGCUGUUUGAGCGCUACCUCGAGUCGAGCGUGUUUGGCAACCGCUCGUAUCCGCCCGGACCGGCGCUUACAGUGCUGCUCGUGCCGUGGGUGCGCGUCUUCUACCUCGCCUUCAAACGAAGAGUGUAUCGAGCAGUGCUGCAGCCGUUCUACCGCCGAAACGGCACCAGUGCCAAUCCAGGCUCGACAGGCAGACGUCGCAGACGCGUGGUGAUCGUAGGCGAACCGGACAGCUAUCUGUUGGACUCGGAUCCGGAUCUGGGAACACCCGCACCGCUCGAGGGGACAGAAGAGCCGACCAUGGAGCUGCGCAUCGCACACCAAGGCCGCGCCGGUACGGCUGCCGACGACGUGACCGAGACGGUGUAUGUGACGCACCGCUCGCUCACGCGCGUCUUCUUCGGCGCACUCGCCAUGCCAUUCAUCGCCAAUCUCAUGGGUCGACUGCUUGCCCGACUCGCGCGCGGCUCUCCGACGCUCGCCCGCUUUCUCGGCAUCAAAGGCGUGUACGAUGGCUCGUCAUCCUCUCUACUGCGCUCGUACUACACUACCACUUCCACGCCCACGCCGACAAAGACCUCGGCUGAUGCCGCAUCACCCUCACCCAUGGCGGCGCUGUUUCGUGGGAACCUCCCGGGUGUGGAUUCCGACUAUCGCGCCAAAGGCAGCAGCGACGAGCGCGCGUUCCGAGACCGCUUGGGACUGCUUGGGUACGCACAGCGCUACGACGAUCUCGAUCCGGUUUGGUUCCGCAACGCGGUGGGCGCGGGCGCGUUUGUGGUGCUCAAGGACGCGGCGUCUCUGCUCUACCGAUACCUCCGCCUCAGCCAGAGGAGCAGGACGACGAUCAAGGACCUUCCCUUCCAAGCCGGACUCGUGUCCAGCCUCGACCUUCGCGAUUAG